UUUCAAAUUUUUCAAGUAUUAUUAUAAUUGAUUGAAUUCGAUUUUUAGAAUUAUCCACAAAAAAUUUAUGCAAAUCGGAUUAAAACAAUUGUUGCUCAUUACCAAGCAUGGAUUUCACAUUAAUCAUAACGAUUUUUUCAUUAUUAUCAUUUGAAAAGAUAUAUCCAAUUUAUACACUUGAAAAUGGCCUUGUAAAAACACCGCCAAUGGGUUGGUUAUCAUGGGAACGAUUUAAAUGUGAAAUAAAUUGUCAUCAUCAUCGUGAUAAAAAUAAUAAAUUGGUUGAUUGUAUUAGUGAAAAACUUUUCAUACAAAUAGCCGAUACACUUAUUGAACGUGGUUAUCGUCGUGCCGGUUAUGAUCGUAUCAAUAUCGAUGAUUGUUGGUCGAAAAAAACUCGUGAAUUGGAUGAUGGCCAAUUGUUGCCGGAUGAUGAUCGAUUUCCAAAUGGUAUUAAAUAUCUUGCAGAUUAUAUGCACAAACAUGAUUUGAAAUUGGGAAUCUAUCAAAAUUAUGGUCAUCGAACUUGUAUGGGUUAUCCCGGGAUAUUAGGUCAUGAACAACAAGAUAUUCAAUCAUUUGCCGAUUGGAAAGUUGAUAUGAUUAAAUUGGAUGCAUGUUUCACUCCCAAACUAACGCAAUUGGAUAAUGGUUAUCUAAAAUUUCGUCAAAUGGUAGAAAAAACCAAACGACCAAUAGUCAUAUCAUGUUCAUGGCCAUAUUAUCAAUUGUUUGCUCCGAAAAUUCAUAUCGUACCGAAAUGGGAUCUUAUCUCGUUGAAUUGUAAUCUAUUUCGUGUUUUUCAUGAUAUCAACAGCAAUUGGAAAAUGAUUCAAAAAGUUAUUGACUUUAUGGGCGAUAAUCAGCAAAUAUUUGGUCGUAUUACCGGUCCUGGUAGCUGGCCUGAUCCAGAUAUGCUUAUGAUUGGAAAUCCUGGUUUAACAGUUGCUCAAGCUGAAUCACAAAUGGCAAUUUGGUGUAUACUUCCAGCACCAUUAUUCAUGUCGAAUGAUCCACGCCGUAUUGAUCCUGAAUUUGAGGAAAUUUUAUUGAACUCGGCUGCCAUUUCAAUCAAUCAAGAUGUAGAUGGUAAACCAGGGGAACGAUUAUUUCACAAUAGUACAAUGGAUUUAUGGCGUCGAUCUUUGAGCGAAAAUCAAAUGGCAUUGGUUAUAUUGAAUCGUGAUUAUGAUCAACAUUUAAAAGUUACUAUUCCAUUGGAACAAAUUGAAACCGAUGCUUUUCGUCGUAAUCAACAUAUACAAGUUUUGAAUAUAUUUUCCAAUGAUACAUAUCAAAUACAACGAAAACAAACAACCGAUAAUAAUAAUACCAAAACAUUUAUAAACGUAACGGUAGAACCAACCGGUGUUGUUUUUCUCAAAUUGAUGCAAUGGAAAAAUUAAUCAUUCGUUUCAUCAUGGGAAAUGUUUUCGCUUCUUUCUGUGAUAUUCAAACAAAUUUUAUUUGAGACAAUAUAUAAC